AUGGAUAUCGUCGCCCAGCUCAUCAACCUCAGCGGCACCGAGUCGCUCUCUGGCCAGUUGAAGUACUGCUGCAACUUCUGCGACCAAAUCCCAGGAGGUUUCACCACCGGAGACCUCACCUGCCACAUGGUCCGUAUCCACAACGUUGGGUACAAGGCCAGGGAGGUGAAGCCGUGCCGCUCGGGAUGCGGCAAGAUCUUCGAAGCGAAGAAUAGGAGUGAAAACUCCUCCCCUUGCAGCGAUCACGCCUCGAAGACGAGGCAGGACUUCUGGUUGCCAACCCCUGGCGACAAAGACAUCGUGGCGUGGUAUAGCAUGUUCCGCAGAGCAGCUGACCGGAAGGAGCUGGAAGAAAAACCCGCGGACAAAGCACUGCGGGUGAAGGCCGCUCGCAAAGCACGUGAUCAGGCCAAGAGGCAGGGGAAGCGAUCGCGCUCGAGGAGCGACGACGCCGGCCCAUCGAGCAGCCGACGCCGCCUCCACUCUCCUGUCCCGGCCAUCGACCAUGCCGAUGGCCACUCCGCCAUGCGCACCAACGGUCUCGGCGGCUUCGAGAUCCAAGAUGGAUCCGAGGGACUCGCCGGCCGUCCUCUCCGCCGCAACCUUGCCAAUGGAGACGUCGUCAUGCCGAUGAUGUCCUCCGGCGGCGCGGAGAGCAUGGACCUCAACUUCCACCCGGAUUUCACCGCUCCCCCCGCCCCCACCAUCUACCAAGGCGUUGGAAGCAACGCCAGUUGGAUGAGCUUCGGUGGUGCUGACGGGAGGAUGGAGUACCACGACUCCGACUAUUUCCUCUUCGACGAAGACAUCAUCGACUCCGACAACAUGCCGCCCGCAUAUGGUAGCAACGCGGAGUCGAUGUCGACCCUAUUGGAGCCUCUCCGGCAGGAACUGGCGGUUGGACACGCCGCCGCCGCCUUCGAUGCUCCGGUGGCUUCUGCUGGCGUCGGAAUGAUUGAGAACCGGGGAGAGGAUCCUCUCCCUUUCACCUUCGAUGAUAUGUUCAACUACGAUGCCUAUCAGGCCGGAGCCUACGAUGGAUUGGGGCUCGUUGAGGCGGAGAUGGAAGUCGUGGUGGAGGAGGAGGGGGAGAGCGCGCCGGUGACGCCGCCGAUGGAGGGAAGGGUGAUCGCGCUGCGGGACCCGGAGAACGCUGCCGCUGCCACUCUCCAGCCCAUCGCGCCCGACCAUGCCGAGGAGGUCGCCGCCGUGUCGCUGGCGGACGAGACUGACUGGGAGACGUGGGCAGAGCAGCUCGACAACAACUGUCGUUGGGCGGGCUUGUAG